AUGUUACCCGUCGCUUACGCUGACGGAAACGAUGAAAAAAAUGAAAAUUUUCAGCAAAUCGAUAUUCAAGUAAAGGAACGUUAUAUUGUAAUUCUUCUUCAAUCAAACGAUUAUGGUGAAUAUGGUCUUGAGAUAAUUGUUUUGGAAUAG